AUGAACAAGUCUAUUGUUGCAACCUUAGCAAACAUAUUUAUAAUGCUCGUCAUCUACAUAGAAUCGAGUCUCCAUAAACCAAUGUAUAUAUUUUUGUUUAACCUGAUAUGCUGCGGACUGCUUGGAAGCAGUGCAGUUUGGCCAAAGGUGCUUUCAAAUCUCCUAACUGAUUUGCACACUAGUUCAUAUGAGGGGUGUCUUCUCCAAGUCUAUUUGCUUAGUAUUUAUGCUGCUUGCACUUACUCUACUUUAACAGUAAUGGCCUAUGAUAGGUAUGUAUCCAUUUGUAAGCCAUUACAGUACCAUAACAUCAUGAAUCCUAGUAAAAUUAAAAUUUGGCUAAUGUUAAGCAACUUAAUUCCUGUUUUCUCAAUAGCUGGUCACAUUUAUUUGACAUCAAGAAUUCCCUUAUGAAGCCAUACUCUUAAUAAACUAUUUUGUGAUAACCUUUCUGUCAUUAACAUAUCAUGUGGUACGAGUAGCCUCAGCCUUGUAAGCAAUGUGUAUGGUUUACUUAUAAUAGUUUGUUUAUCUGUGCUCCCUACAUUUCUGAUUUUGCUGUCUUAUGCUAAAAUACUUUCUGUUAGUUUAAAGUCACAAAAUAGUCAAAGCAAGGCACUUGGAACGUGCAUUCCUCAUUUGAUAAUAUUCAUAAACUAUUCCAUUGCCACAAUUUUUUCUGUUAUAUAUAACAGACUAACUGUGAUUAUGCCUAACGAUAUGAAUGUCUUUAUAUCAGUCCAAGUAACACUGUUGCCACCACUUUUGCAUCCAGUAAUAUAUGGUGUUAGAACCAAAGAGAUAAGAAAAUUACUCAAUCUAAAGUAG